GAGUUAUGUUAAGUUAUUGGGUUCAGUUCAGUAAUGAUGACACAGUUCAAAAGUGGUCACUGACUGGAUCAUCUAUUUAUUUAAUUGAUACAUUUGUCAGCGUCAGGGUAGUGUUGUCACGUUAUUUAACAAUGGUUACAAAUGUGUUUUUUAGAAGAAGUCUUAAAGCAAGUUUAAAUAAAUCUUAUUUCUAUACAUGAAUGGGAUUUAUAAUUAAACUUAAGUUAAAUCAUAGAUUUUAUGUUUAUUUUCUCAUAGCCUACUGAUGUCUUAACAUACUUUUUCUUACCAUUUUAAAUGUUUCCCCAAACAAAGGAUUACGUUGAGCUGCUUGAGGAACAAUAUGCACCAAGUUAGAGCCGACCUAGAGGAAUCAUAUGACCCCUCAUUCUGAAUAAUUACAUUUCUUGAAGAGGUCAGCCCUUACUCGACCAAGCAGUUAAGCAGCUAAUGUGAUUAUUACCACAAUAUUGCAUCUGUGCAGAUCAGCCACUGGCUUGUUCGUUUUUCUCCAACUAACUAGGUGUAUAAAAUGUUUUUAAGACGUUGAACUGGUACAAAACGUUAAAAUACACAAAGGCAUUCCGUGCCAAAUUCUUCUCGGUAUCACGGGGCACAUCUCGCCUAGUCAGGAGACGCAUCUGCCUUGAAUCAGAAUACCUUCUGUUUCCCAUCUCCUUGAGAUCGUCAAUUAAGAGGCUGGGCAUGGUGGUAUCCCAGACAACACUCGCUCCAGCCGUGGUGAGCACCACAGCCAUCAGUGAGAACACGACUGAUGUGACUGCAACUCCCAUGAUGCUCAGCACCCUCCCCCCGAGCUGCACUGGUCUCAACUCCUCGACCUGCGAGGUCUGUGUUCCAGGGUCCCACUAUGACAACGGGACCCUGAUGUGCUCCUGUUGUCCAGACCUGGGGUCCUGCCUGUUCCCUGGGGCCUGUCUCCUGUGCGCCAGAGGCUUCUUUCAGCCGCUGGCUGGCCGGCAGCAGUGUCUGCCCUGUGGGCUGGGCCUCUUCUCAAACGUGACGGGCGGCUCCACCUGCCAGCCCUGCCCGCGCGGUUCUGCUGGCAACAUCACCGGGGCGGACUCCUGCCGGAGCUGCACCCCAGGCUUCUUCUCAUCUCAGCCAGCUUCCAGCUCAUGUAACCCGUGUCUUCAGGGAACCUUCUGCAACUCCUCUAACUGUGCGGAGUGCCCCGUCUGUCCUGUCGGCACAGAAUCCCUUCUGUUGGCCUCAAAGGAUUGCACUCAAUGUCGGCCAGGCAUGCACAAGGCAGCACAUCAGAUGAUGUGUCAAAUCUGCAGCAGUGGAUUCUUCCAGAUCCACUGGGGCAGGGAGAACUGUGACAUCUGCCCUGAAAACCACUACUGUCCUAGUCCCGAUGUGAGCCCCAUCCUCUGCCCCGACGACGCCUUCUGUCCAGCGGGGAGCAGCUCCCCCAGCUACUGCAUGGAGACGUUCUUCCGCAAGUCAGGGGAAACAUGUGAGCUCGCCCCGGUCACCAUCGCUCUGCUAGUCAUCGGUGUAGGGGUGGCCUUCCUCUUAGUCAUCCUGCUGGUCCUCCGUCGACGGAGAGACACGGACAGCGAGCUGUCCGCCGCCCGUGCCCCGCUGCUCCGCAAGGAACGUCCUCAGGGCCGCUACCACGGCAUGCCCUGCGACGCAGAACCCGUGUACGCUGGCUGGUGAUGAACACCCGGCGGUCGCGGUGGGACGCCCGUAUGUUCCGGACCGGUCCUCACUAGACGGCCACACGGAGGCGCUGCGUUUGUAUCUGCUUAUGCCACUGCUGUGGACGAAGAACAUGUCCUGAACGCCCAGCUUUGUUGAUUUGAAUACUAUGUGGAAUAUUAUUCUUUUGUGGUACUUUUUACUGAAAAUGUUCCAUGUUUCGUUGACUGACACUGUUGUAGUUAUUUUAUUCGAUUAUUGAAACGAUCCCUUUUUGUAUCUUAGGCGAAGGAGUCUAGACUCUGUUGUGAAGUUUGAUGAGGACAUUCUCUAUGUCUGCAAACGCUGUCUUAUGUUGUGCACUUUGUUUCUCUGAAUUAAUUUAAUGUGUUUAAUUGCACUCGCAUCGCUGCAGAUUUGCUAGGUGUUUCUGCUUUGGUUGUUAGCUUUUGGUUGUAGGCUACAAAGUCAUUUUUUAUGCAUUUGAUUGCAGUACCUGAAGUUGAAUGUUUUUUUUGUUUAGUAUUUGUCAUCUGUCAUAUUUAAAAAGAUGCUUGUGUGUUUUAAUGAAAACAAUUACAAAGCUAUCACCUCGGGCUGGACCACAGUUUAACUUGCACUAUGCAAUCUGUUUAUCGGUUGAACAAAGAAGGUAUUAAAACUGUACAGAGUUUUUGACUGAGGAUACUAUGUGGUUGUGGUGGGCUGUUUCUGCAUUUGUUGUUGCAAAAUUGUCUUUGGAAUGUCAAAUAAUUACACAUUGAAACAUAAAGUGUAUCUUAUCAAUGUCUUAAUUAAACUACUACAACUACAAUACGAAUAUAUUUUCAUAAAAAAUAAAUAAAAAGGCUAUAUACUUUAAAGCAAUGUAAUGCCUUACAUGAA